AUGUCCUCUCUGAAACUUUCAGUGUCUCUAGAUAACAGCUCGUACGAGUCCAAGAAAAGGUUUGAUGUCAAAUCAUUGAGACUCCCUUCUAUUUGUUCAUUUUCGGGUUAUGUAAAUAUAAACGGUGCAUUUAUUGUAAAACCCUUUUGUAAACUGAAGCACAUUAGAUUUUCUAGAAUUGACACUGAAUUUUAUGAAACUUCUGAGGAAAAUUUGGUCAAUUUCUCGACCGUGGAUAAAGAUGUGGCUAGUGAUAGUGAUUUGGUUCUAGAAAGCCCGGAUUUUCAGAAAGGAAGGGUGAAUGUUUGCAAAAAAUUUCGGGGUGCAAAGGCAGUAAAGAAAAAUACCGAAUUGAGGGUGAAUUUUCGAAAAAAUGGGAAAAAAAAUGAGAAGGAAGAAAUGCCCAAGAUUUCACAUGAGGCAAUUAGGGUAGACAAUACCUUGAAGAGUGAAAAUGUGGUAGAUUUUGAUGUUAGUAGUCUUGGGCACGAGUUGAGCUCUGAACGUUGUAAUGUACUCUUGAAACAGCUUGAGAAGGGAAGUGAUAACAAAGCGUUGAGUUUCUUCAAAUGGAUGAGAAGUAAUGGGAAGUUGAAGCAGAAUGUGAUUGCCUACAAUUUAAUUCUCAGAGUUUUAGGUAGGAGAGAGGAUUGGGAUGGAGCAGAAGCUAUGAUUAAAGAGAUGGUCAGUGACUCGUCUUGUGAGCUUAAUUAUCAGGUUUUUAAUACCCUUAUUUAUGUUUGUUAUAAGAGGGGGCUAGUGGAGUUGGGUGCAAGAUGGUUUCGGAUGAUGUUGGAAAAUGGGGUUCGUCCGAACGUUGCUACUUUUGGAAUGCUGAUGAGCCUUUAUCGGAAGGGUUGGGUUGUUGAGGAGGCAGAAUUUACAUUUUCCGAGAUGAGGAAUCUGAAAAUUACCUGUGAGUCGGCUUAUUCAGCCAUGAUUACAAUUUACACGCGUGUAGGUUUGUAUGAAAAAGCAGAAAAUAUAAUUGGCUUUCUGAGAGAAGAUGCAGUUGUUUUGAAUCUGGAGAACUGGUUGGUUCUGCUUAAUGCUUACUGUCAGCAAGGGAAGUUGAAUGUGGCUAAACAGGUCUUGGAUGAAAUGAAAGAAGCUGGAUUUCCCCCCAAUAUAGUUGCAUAUAACACUAUGAUCACUGGGUAUGGAAAAGCGUCAAACAUGGACUGUGCACAACGACUGUUCCAGAACCUUAAAGAAGUUGGAGUGGUUCCUGACGAAACAACAUAUAGGUCCAUGAUUGAAGGUUGGGGUCGGGCUGACAAUUAUAUUGAAGCAAAGUUUUACUCUCUGGAACUCAAAAGGUUGGGUUUCAAACCUAACUCGUCAAACUUGUACACAAUGAUAAAUUUGCAAGCCAAGCAUGAAGAUGAAGAGGGUGCCAUCAGAACUAUAAAUGACAUGUUGAUGAUUGGUUGUCAGGAGUCCUCUAUCCUAGGUAUCGUUUUGCAAUCAUAUAAAAAGGUUAAUAGAUUCGAUAAAGUGCCUUUGAUUUUGAAAGACUCUCUGUAUGACCAUGUUCUUGUAAGUCGAACAUCUUGCUCCAUUCUUGCAAUGGCUUAUGUGGAAAAUUGCUUGAUUGAUGAUGCACUAAAACUUCUAAGGGACAAGAAGUGGGAGGAUCCUAUAUUCGAGGACAACUUGUAUCAUCUGUUGAUAUGUUCAUGCAAAGAUUUGGGAAAUUUUGAGAAUGCCGUCAAAAUAUUUACUUGCUUGCCAAAAUCCAAUAACCUUAACUUACACAUUAUCUGCACAAUGAUUGACAUUUACAGUUCAAUGAGCUUGUUUUCUGAAGCUAAGAAUCUGUAUAUAGAGUUGACGACUGCAGAUGUUAAAUUGGAUAUGAUAGCCUUCAGCGUUAUUGUAAGAAUGUAUGUCAAAUCUGGAUCUUUAAUUGAGGCCUGCAGUAUUUUGGAAAUAAUGGAGAAACAGAAGGAUAUCAUACCGGAUGUUUAUCUUCUCCGUGAUAUGCUCCGCAUUUAUCAGAGGUGUUGCAUGCAUGAUAAAUUGUCCGAUCUUUACUACAAAAUUUUGAAAGAUGGAGUAAUCUGGGAUCAGGAAAUGUAUAAUUGUGUGAUCAAUUGUUGUGCUGGUGCAUUGCCAGUGGAUGAACUUUCAAAGCUUUUUGAUGAGAUGCUUCAGCGUGGAUUUGCACCAAAUACUAUUACCUUCAAUGUGAUGCUUCAUGCAUAUGGAAAAUCCAGGCUAUUCAAGAAGGCAAGGAAAGUAUUUUGGAUGGCUAAGAAACGGGGAUUGGUUGACGUUAUAUCUUACAACACUAUCAUAGCUGCAUAUGGGCAAGGCAAGUACUUGAGGAAUAUGUCUUCUGCUGUCAGAAAAAUGCAAUUUGACGGCUUUACGGUUUCUCUUGAAGCAUACAAUUGCAUGCUGGAUGCCUAUGGGAAAGAGGGCGAAAUGGAAAAGUUUAGAAGUGUCUUACAGAGAAUGAAGGAUUCUAGUUGUGCAUUUGAUCAUUACACUUACAAUAUCACGAUUAACAUUUACGGAGAGCAAGGAUGGGUUGAAGAAGUUGCUGAUGUACUAAAGGAAUUGAAAGACUCUGGAAUUGGACCUGAUUUGUGUAGCUAUAACACAUUAAUAAAGGCAUAUGGAAUUGCUGGAAUGGUUGAAGAUGCUGUAGCUUUGGUAAAGGAAAUGAGAGAAAACGGAAUGGAACCUGAUCGAAUAACCUAUAAUAAUCUGAUCACUGCACUGAGAAAGAAUGAUAUGUUUCUAGAGGCGGUCAAGUGGUCCUUGUGGAUGAAGCAAAUGCGGCUUUGA